UUCGCAUUACUAUAUGUAUCAUAAUGGAUCAUUUAAAGAGAUUGACUAGAGAAAUAGCAACUGUAAAAUACGAUAUGAGACAAGCACUAUCUCUAUUGGAUAUUUUAGUGGACAAAAGCAACAGAAGCACAGAAUGUGAAAAUACGAGAUUUUCUUACGAAGGCGCUGAAAAUCGAUUUCCUUUAGAAACUAGAGCCCAAUUAACGGAAAUUGAGGAAAUUUUAAAAACUGCUAAUUCCCAAGAGAACACUGAAAUACGCGCAUAUAUACAAGCAAUUGGUGGAACAGGCGUCGAUGAUGCGGUAAAGAGGACACUUUAUAAAGUAUUCUCAAAUAAAUUAGCGGAAAAUUACAAUUGGGAAGGCCGACGUGGAAAAUAUCCAUUACAAAAUUUAGAGUUAAUAAAAGUUAUUUUCAGAUCCAUACUUCACAAUAUCUCGGAUUCUGAUCGAACAAAAAUACAACGAAGAGUCAUGGAGUGGUUUAGGCAUUCCAAGGCAAGACACAAUAAUGAAAAAAAGCGGACCGUUAGAGACGAAAACAAUGGUUCACCCGAUCGCCAUUCAUCAAUGGAAAAUUCAAAUUAA